CCCGAGCUCUGUGACUAUUUACAGCGAGAGUCAGGCAGUCGUGUGCCAAAUGUCUUAUUUGCCUUGCAUUUAGUGGAAACCAUGGCUCUUCUUUCAACCCGUCUCCGCUAAGCCUGUGUUCGCCGUCUACGCAACGAUGUCGCUCUUCCGAUCACUGCUCCAGAGCCGUCCUCUUCAGCGAACGGAUUACGAUCUGCCGUUAUACCAGACGUACCAAGAACCCGAAGCAUUUCCUCCUGCCCCGGUGAGCGACAGCAUCCUCGUGCCUCGAUCAAACGAUGUGGGAAGGCAGAGCUCUCUUUCUGCAAGCAGCCCGCGGCCUUACGAUCUGGUUGUCCUUGAGAGGCGAGAGAGGUAUUAUCAGCAAAAGCUUCAAGACCUCCUAGACGCUCAGUCCGACGGCUUGCUCGCCGGGCUUGAAGGCGAUGUGCCCAAUGAUGACGAAUCUCUUGACACGCCUACUCAGACAACGUACAGCUUGCGGAGCCAUAGUGUGUCCCCUGCUCCGUCGCUGAGCAAACCAAAGAAGCGCAGCUUGGGAGCUGCGAGGCGAGGAAUAUGGAAAACUGUUCUGGAUUGUGCAGCAGUCAAGGAAGAAGAGGAUGCUAUCCUGAAGCGAGAGCUGAGAGACAGUCAGGCUAUCCUGAAGCAGCUAGAUGCGUGGUCAAGCAAAGAGCAAGGUUUGCGUGAGAAAAUCACAGCGAUAGAGAAUGAAGAUACAGGAGCAAAGUCGAGAGCCCUCAAAGAAGAGGCUUCAAAGUUGGAGAACGAUAUACUGGAUAUGGAAGUGAAACUGGCGCAAAUGAAGACGCGGCAUAGAAGCCUCCUUCAUGAAAUUUCGAACAUUGAGAACUCGGUUCUCUCAAAGCUCAGUAGUUAUAAAACAAGUCUCUCAAUGCUGGAGCAGGACGUCCAGAAUUUCCUAAAGGCUCCUCCUGUACAGGACAAUCGUUCUAGCGACAAGUCUCCCUUCUUAGCUCUUCCUGUCACGCGACGCACGCUCGAGAUGGCAAGGGAACAUUGGCAGGGCGAUAUCGAAGAGAUCAAGAAGAAACGCCAGGCUAUUCGACGCGAUCGUGCUGCUUUGGAGGAUGGCGCUGCCGUCUGGAAAGACGUCGUGUCUCAAAUUACAGCGUUUGAGAGAUACUUGCGAGAAGAGACAUGCAAGCUAGCGCAGCAAAACUCAACUAACGAUAAGGGAAAAUCUCCUGUUGCGUCAGCGACGCCUGAGGAGCUUCUAAGAAGAAUGGAAGCCGUAUUGAGCAGCGUCCAGGACAAGCUAGAUCUGGCCCACAAGAAGCACUGGCGAUUGUUAGAGGUUUGCAUAGAAGCCGAAGUCGAGGCCCUACAGCAGGGAAGGGAGUUGCUAGAGGAAUCUUUUGGUUUGAGAAAGGAGCGUCAUACAGACGUGGAGAGGACCAAGUCGGUCGAUGAUGAUGCGUCCGAGGACGAGCCGAGUAUCUCUACCCAGAACAGCAGCACGAAGGACUUGUUUAAAAGUGCAACAGAGGGCUUUAGCAGCAAUGUAUCGCUAUCCCAUAGCGCGGCAUUAAGAAAGAGCAUGUACGAGGAUGAUGAUGGCCCAGAUCCCGAGUUACUAUUCACAAGGCCAUCGGACGAUACGGAAUAGACAAUGCUGUGUUCUAGCUAUCCCGACAAAGUUUUCUAUUUCUUGUCUCUACCUCGCGCCUGGGCUACUUUGUUCGUCUAAAUCUUACUCGGCAUAAUCUCCCUGUGGGCGCUUUUCGAGUCACUCUCACGUGUUCGACACAACAUCACUGGGCUAAUCUGCGCAAGGUCCAGGCCAAAGAUGAUCCUCAGCAUAGGUUAAAAAAAUAUGUACAUGAAUUAAACGAUAAAUAAUCUAUCUACCUUGUUGAAAACGCGAAGACUCGCGCGCAC